AUGACUGGCGGAGGGUGGAAGGCAUUGCUGAUGAUCAUAAGCUCGAAGAUCGAGGACUGGAUCCAACGUCGCCAGAGCCCAAUAAGUGUCCAUCAGUCUGCCUCCACAGCACCCAGCUCAGUAGCUGUGGCGGCAACAGCACCUUCAGUCGCAGUAUCAACAGGAGGUGAAGCUUUGGGCACUACUACAACCACCACCACCACCACACAAUCCAUAAAAGCAACUGCAUCUCUUGCCGGUAAUCUCAUCGCUUCACCUGCCAACGAAUCCACGAAUCGACGAACAACCCUGGUACUACCAAUGACUCGACGACGUCUAUUUCGAAGCAGCAGUCUCUCCGUUAACCGUGGGAAAUGA